GCGCCGUUUCAUCUGACCCGGAAGUUUUCGCCUCCGUUAAAAGCGUCGGCCGGCUGCGAGCGGCCUCUUCCUGUCCGUGCCAGGGCGGCGCGUGGUCCCCGCCGAGCGACAGAGACGCCUCGGCUGUGCUUUCAGGAUGACGGAGUGGGAGACUGCUGCACCCGCAGUAGCAGAGACCCCCGACAUCAAGCUCUUUGGGAAGUGGAGCACCGAUGACGUGCAGAUCAAUGACAUUUCCCUGCAGGAUUACAUCGCAGUGAAGGAGAAGUAUGCCAAGUACCUGCCCCACAGCGCAGGGCGCUACGCGGCCAAGCGCUUCCGCAAGGCGCAGUGCCCCAUCGUGGAGCGCCUCACCAACUCCAUGAUGAUGCACGGCCGCAACAAUGGCAAGAAGCUCAUGACCGUGCGCAUCGUCAAGCACGCCUUCGAGAUCAUCCACCUGCUCACUGGCGAGAACCCCCUGCAGGUCCUGGUGAAUGCCAUCAUCAACAGUGGCCCCCGGGAGGACUCGACCCGCAUUGGGCGCGCUGGAACAGUGAGGCGGCAGGCGGUGGAUGUGUCCCCGCUGCGCCGUGUGAACCAGGCCAUCUGGCUGCUGUGCACAGGUGCCCGUGAGGCCGCCUUCCGGAACAUCAAGACCAUUGCCGAGUGCCUGGCAGACGAGCUCAUCAACGCAGCCAAGGGCUCUUCCAACUCUUACGCUAUCAAGAAGAAGGAUGAGCUGGAACGCGUAGCCAAGUCCAACCGUUGAUUGCCUGGCCACAGCCGCAAUAAACCUGUUUGCCCUUUGGGGGUGGCCCCAGC